AUGGAAAUCGAUGGCAAUCCUAUUCGAAACAUCAGACAGUUAUCAAUAGUAGCGCAUCAAUCACAUCUCAUUCAAGCGCCAAGAUUUCCUUUCACGAAUCGCUAUCAGGCCUACACGAACUAUGCUGCCAACGCUUCAUCCUCAUUCUCGAUUCCCAUUUUAUCCUCAGAACCCGUCUCAUCCUCGAUUGUCGAUUCGAUUGCUACUGGGGUUACCGUCCCGGUAGUGCACCACCUAACUGGGGGUAAUGGUGUACAUUCAAACAUCCAGGCGCCCAACCCCGUGGUGAAUCCAUUGAAGUCCUCGGUCUUCACAAAACCGACGCACCCUUUCUCCAGCGUAGCGCAAAGCGGCAGGUCCUUCAUUGUUCGCAUUAUAGGUCUUCGAGAAAGAGUUCACGCCUGGAACGAGUUCACAGGUUACGGAACUGGUUGUACUUCGGGAGGCGUUUGCCGCAGCCGGCUUCGGGGCAUGUCAUCCAGCACGCUUCUGCGUGCUUAUGCCAAGGAUUCGAGACCGGGCGAGAACAAUCAACAAGUUCGUCUUCGUGAGGUGUCCCCUCAUCCAGGUCUUGUUAAACUUCUGACGACGUAUGGGGCAAGCGUUCGCGACUGGUCAUCGCGCAAGAAUGGCAUCGGUGCCGGACCUGCCGGUAUAUCACAGCUGUCGUCGCUGGAGCUCGGUGAGGUGCGCGGAGUAUGGCGAUGGUGCACCGAAAACUUUCCGAGUAAGCGGGAGGAGAGUGAAGAGCGAAAAUCGUUGACCGCCAGGCGGCCGACGGACAUGGUUCCGUUGGCGAAGGGUGCUCCGUCCUUGCAUUACUGUCGUUGGACUGCUGCAGAAGGCUAUAUAGGACAUGGCGUGGGGUUUGAGGAGGUUUAUUCCGGGUGUCCGAUCUGCUUUUCGGGAGAAAUCUAA